CUAGAUUAUUUUCUCUCCCUUGAUCAUUUUACCUUUUACUUUACUUUUCUUAUUCUUCCCACCAACAUGAUCCUAAAACAAACAAAAAGAAAACCAACAUCAUGUCUUAUGUCUCCAUCAAUCUUACCAUCUUACCACCCAAUCCAAUUGUCUUUCAUAAUUUCCCUCUCAACCAAACUCUUCAUUUUCUCUCUACUUUCAAUUCCUCCUUCUUCUCUUCUUCCAUUUUUCACCACAACCUUUACUUAACCAAAACCAUAUCACAUUUUCAUUCAAGUAACAAAAACAAACCAACCCUCUUUGUGUUUUACCUCACCUUAAAAUAUUCAGAUCCUUUCAGCUUUAUUUAACACCAACCCAUCAUUUUUUUUUCUUGUUAGUUAACUCAAAUGACUCGCCUUUUUCGAUCGAAAUCAUGCAACAUAGCUGGUUUCAGUGUGUCUGAAUUCAACCCUGCUGCACAAGUAACCAACAACAAGAAGAAAGAAGAACAACAAGAACAAGAGGAAGAAGAUGAAGAAGAAGAACUAGAAAGUGAUGACAAUGACAAUGAUGAUGAUGAUGAGAUAUAUUCAAGCAACAAUGCUUCAAGACAAUUUACAAAAGGAUCCAACAACAAUCAUCAAAACCAGUUUGCAAUAUUGGAUAUAGUUAUGGCUGCUCUUAAGAAAUCUAUUGUAACUUGCAGUGUGGAGAGGGAGGAUGUUUCUUCCUUAGAUAUUAGCUGGCCAACUGAAGUGAGACACGUGUCACAUGUUACUUUUGAUAGAUUCAAUGGUUUUCUUGGUUUGCCUUCUGAGUUUCAGCCUGAGGUUCCUACAAGGGUACCUAGUGCCAGUGUGAAGGUAUUUGGAGUUUCUGCAAAGUCAAUGCAGUGUUCUUAUGAUGAUAGAGGGAACAGUGUUCCAACAAUUCUGCUAAGGAUGCAAAAGCAAUUGUAUUCUGAAGGAGGCCUUAAAGCAGAAGGAAUAUUCCGUAUUACUGCUGAGAAUAGCCAAGAAGCAUUCGUUCGAGAUCAGUUAAACAAAGGCGUAGUGCCACAUGGAAUCGAUGUUCAUUGUUUAUCCGGCUUGAUUAAGGCUUGGUUUAGAGAACUUCCAACUGGAGUACUUGAUUCUCUCACACCGGAGCAAGUGAUGCAAUGCAACACAGAAGACGAUUGCACUAACCUUGUCAAGUUACUUCCUUCCACAGAGGCUGCUCUUCUUGACUGGGCAAUCAAUUUGAUGGCUGAUGUUGUUGAAAAUGAACAGUUCAAUAAGAUGAAUGCGCGCAACGUAGCUAUGGUUUUCGCACCCAACAUGACACAGAUGGCAGACCCCUUAACUGCAUUGAUUCAUGCAGUACAAGUUAUGAACUUCUUAAAGACAUUGAUUUUGAAAAUGCUUCGAGAAAGAGAAGAAUCAAUUGAUAAUGCAAGGUUGCUCUCACAUAGCAUGGAUUUUGCAUCCUGCAAUGAUGAAUUUCCUCCUUUUAGCUUCAACAAAGAAGAGUCAUCAUGUGAACAAAUUGAGGAUGCUUGUGACAAAAACUCAUCAACUACCAAAAGAAAAUUCUCGAGGACUUCCACCUUAGGAAGAAUAGAAUGGAGCGUAGAGAAACUUCGGAGCUCGGAGGAAAAAAGGAAUCGAGAGGAGGUAUUCAGAUCUUUUUCAAGUGAUAGCGUAACUCCAAGAUACGAGAGUGGUCCGUUAGAAAAUAGUUAUAGUUAUCGACGAAGAUAUGACAGCGAACACUGGUCACGGUUGAGAAACGGCGUGCGAAAGUUAUGCAGGCACCCGGUAUUUCAAUUGAGCAAGCCAUCUAAGAAGCCUGCAAGUCUUGGCAUUGUAAAUACUAGGGAAGGAGGAGGAGAAGCUUGGGCUUGAAAAUGCAUUUUUACAAGGUUUUAAAUAACGUCAAGAUUUCUUUAUGUAUUCCUAACAGGACCGCAACUACAACUGCAGCCGCAUCAGGUAUAGUUGGAUGUAGUUUCGCACAAUGUUAACAAUUGUAGGUCGACCGAUUAAAACCUUGUUUAUGCAUGCCUUGUUUUAUGGCUUGUGUGUGACUGUGAUAGAUGUGUGUGUGUGUGUGUAGUUGUAUUUAGCAUAAGCAUAGUUUAAGUUGUAACAACUGCUUGGUAUUUUUAGAAGAAUGAAGUUUAUAAAUGUUUGAAAAUGUUAACAAAGGCUCUUGCAAA